AUGAUCAUUCUGCCAAAACUUUUCCCAUGGUUUGACAUAUUAGCAUAUCAGGAACUGUUCAGUAUGGUGUUUGCUCUUCAGAAAAUCAAUGCUGAUCAGCACUUACUGCCAAACUAUACCCUUGGCUUUGAGAUCUAUGAUUCAUGUUUUAACGAAUUUGUAUCCCUUGAGGGUACGUUACAGCUUCUUACUGGUGAUCAGACUCUUAUCCCAAAUUACUGCUGUAAAAAAUAUCCACCAUUGGCUGUUAUUAUCGGACCUCGAGAGUCUUCCCUGUCAAUUCCAGUUGCCAGAAUACUGGGUCUGUACAAAUUUCCCCAGGACUGGUUUGAUGAUAAUGAUGAAGACAUUCAGAAGCUGCAGGAUAAGAAGUGUGAAGCCUUCAGAUCCCUCCAGAAAGACACUACAUCCAUCUUCAAGAAAGCAGCCUAUAACUCCAUCAAAAGCAAGGUGCAAGCAAAGCUCAGAGAGAUGCAAGACUCUUGGCUUAGCAGAAAGGCAGAUGAGAUCCAGAAGUAUGCUUAUAGCAAUAACUCCACGUGUUUCUAUGAUGCACUGAAGACCAUCUAUGGGCCACAGUCCUCUGAAACAUCACCACUGCUCAGUGCCAAUGGGUCCACCUUGCUUACUGACAAGAAAGCCAUCCUGGAAAGAUGGGCUGAAUACUUUAACAAUGUCCUGAAUUGGCCUUCCUCUAUCAAUACUUUAGUCAUUGACCUCAUGCCGCAAGUAGCCAUUAACACCUCUCUGGAAAACCGCCAAAGGAAUCAGAGGUUAAGGAAGCAAUUAAGCUUCUCUCUAAUAAUUAGCCAUGCAUCAGGGAUUUCUAUCUUAAGUGACAAACAUCAGUUCCCUUCUUUUGUGAGGACAGCUCCCAGUCUUGCUCAACAACCCAUGGGCCUGGCUCAACUUGUCAUGCAUUACCAGUGGGAGUGGGUGGGGCUUCUGGCUACAGGAAAUGACUAUGGAUUAGAAGGAAGUCAGCAACUCAAAGAAGAAUUAAUAAAAUCUGGAUUCUGUGUCGCGUUCUAUGAAAUUCUUCCCUUACAGUUAACAACAUCUAAAAUCACAUCACUCGUGCAUACAAUAAAAGACUCUUCUGCCACAGUAAUAGUGAUUUAUGCCUUCCAGGAACAACUAAUUCCACUGAUGGAGGAAAUUACUCAACAGCACAUUACUGGUAAGAUCUGGAUAGCAAGUGCUAGUGGGAUAAUUUCUGCAGCAUUUACAGUUAAAACCAUUUGGAAAGCAUUUCAUGGCACUGUUGGACUUGCAGCUGUAAGUAAUAACAUUCCUGGUUUUAAGGACUUUCUUUACACAAUUCAUCCUGAUAAAUUUCCCAAUGACAUAUUCAUGACAGCAUUCUGGGAAACAGCAUUUCAGUGCAAGUGGGCAGAUAAUAAAACUGCUCAGUCAAUAAACUUGGGAAUUAUUGAUAACCUUAGGUACUGCACUGGUCAAGAGAAACUGCAGACCCUGGAACAAAGUAUAUAUCCAGUUUCAGAUUUCAGAUUCCCAUACAAUAUGUAUAACACAGUAUAUGCAGUGGCACAUGCAUUGCAAACUUUGCUGGCAGACAGGUACAAGGAAGGAUCAUUUUUUAAUGUGACACACAAAGAUAUCAGCACUUUCCAGCCACAGCAAGUUCUAUAUUACCUAAGGAAAGUACGCUUCAAUGCCUUUGAUGGAGAAGAUGUAUUUUUUGAUGAAUAUGGUGAUGCAAUUUUCCAAUUAGACAUUGUUAACUGGCAGUUAUCAGCAAAUGGUUCCAAGAAAGUUGUAACUGUGGGACAGUAUAAACCAUAUUCUCAACUGGGUCAUCAGUUCUAUGUCAAUACUAGUGCCAUCUUGUGGAGUGGAGGAUACAGUGAGUUUAAGUUUAGGGUUUUACAAGUUGUCUAUCUCAGUGCAACAGGACAAAAGGAGGUACCAAAGUCUGUGUGCAGUGAAACCUGCCAUCCUGGAUACAGAAAAGUUGUGCAACAAGGACAGCCAGCUUGUUGCUUUGAUUGUAUUCCUUGUUCAGAGGGAGAGAUUUCCAAUACAUCUGGUAUUUGUAAACGAUGCCCAGAAGAUUACUGGCCAAAUACUGAAAAAGAUUUCUGCAUUACAAAAUAUGUUGAGUUCCUUUCCUAUGAAGACCCCCUGGGUACCUCACUAGCUGUGAUUGCUGUUGUCUUCUCACUCAUGCCUGUGGGGGUUCUGUGCAUCUUCAUCAAACAUCAUGACACACCAGUUGUCAAAGCAAAUAACCGGGAAAUCAGCUACUUUCUCCUUAUAAGUAACCUGUUUUGUUUAUUAACUGCUUUAAUAUUUAUUGGUCCGCCAAAGAAUGAAACAUGCAUUUUCAGACAACCAGCAUUUGGCAUAUUCUUUUCCAUCUGUGUUUCUGCUGUUCUUGCCAAGACUGUUACCAUAGUGAUUGUUUUUAAUGCAACAAAACCAGGAAGCCAACUGAAGAACUUGGUUGGAUCAAAGACAUCAUUUUAUACAAUAUUUUGUUGUUUUGUGUUUCAGUUUAUUAUAUGCAUUGUGUGGAUAUCAGUUUCUCCACCCUUCUCAGAGACUAACAAAAAGCUUCCAGAGAAAACAGUGAUUCAGUGUAAUGAGGGUUCGGUAUUCAUGUUCUAUUGCAUGCUGGGAUAUUUAGGAAUCCUAGCAAUUGUAAGCCUUUUAAUAGCAUUUCUUGCCAGAAACCUACCAGAUAGUUUCAAUGAGACAAAAUUUAUCACAUUUAGCAUGAUUGUUUUUGUAAGUGUUUGGUUGACAUUUGUUCCAGCUUAUAUCAGCUCAAAGGGGAAAUACAUGGUUGCUGUUGAGAUUUUUGCAAUUCUCUCCUCUAGCAUUGGAUUGUUACUUUGUAUUUUUUUACCAAAAUGUUAUAUUAUUCUAAUAAGACCAGACAUGAAUACUAGGGAAUACAUUGUGAGGCAAAAAAACACUGUAAAUAAAGUAUAA